AUGUUUUGGAAAAGCUUGGUCUCUAGUAGUUCAACUUCAAGAAUUUUUCAAUCUCAAUUAACUAAUAAAAAGACUAUCUUUUGUGCAUUAACCGUUGGUGCAGGUGCUAUUCUCUUUAAUCAACUUAAUUUUAAAUCAAAUUUUCUAGGUAUUAAUCGUUUCUUAACAAUGACUACCGACAAUUCAAAUAAAUUUGUUGCUCCUUCCAAACCAUCCAGUUGGAAUUGGAACCCAAAGAGAUUAAUAUUUGAUGCAGAAUGUAUUAUUCAAAAUGCUAAUGAUCUAUUUGAUAAGUUAGCUGCCAUCGAAAAUCCAAAUGUUGACAAUUUUGUUAAACCAUUUUUUGAACAUGAAAAUCGUAGUGGUCCAUUAGUCAAUCAAUUAUGUUUCUUACAACACGUUUCUGCAAACAAAGAACUUAGAGAUGCCUCAGUUCAAGCUACAGAACUAUUGCAAGAUUUUGAAAUCGAAGCAUCUUUGAGAUACGAUCUGUUCACUCAAAUGGAUAAAAUUUUCAAAGAAAUCUCUCCAAAGAAGGAUGAAUUUGUUAAUGCAAAACCAGAAAACUUUGAAAUUUACAAAUUUAUUGAAAAAUGUCAUAAGGAUUAUGUUCGUGAUGGUCUAAAUUUACCAAAGGAGAAAAGGGAUCAAGUUAAAGAAGUUAAGAAGAAGUUAGCUUCUAACAGUCUUCAAUUUUCCACAAAUCUUGGUGAACAGAAAGAAUUUAUUGCUUUUACCAAAGAGGAACUAGAUGGUGUUUCACCAACUGUUAUGGAACAAUUUGAAAAGUUUACUGAACCAGAGACAGGUGUUGAAAAGUAUAAAGUUACUUUUAAGUACCCUGAUAUCUUCCCAGUUCUAAAGACUGCCAAUAAUCCCGAAACUAGAAGAUUAGCCUUUAAUGCCGAUCAAAAUAAAGCUCCUCAAAAUGAAAAGCUGUUCAAGGAGACAUUAAAAUUGAGAGACGAAUUAGCCACCUUAUUAGGUUACUCAACUUAUGCUAAUUACAAUUUGGAAAUAAAGAUGGCAAAGAAUCAAGAAACUGUUCUUGAAUUUUUAACUGAUUUGAAGGAUAGAUUGACACCAUUAGGUCAUAAAGAAAUUGAAACUCUAAAAGCACUUAAGAAAAAGAACUGUGAGGAAAACGAAAUUCCUUAUGAUGGUCAUUAUUAUAUCUGGGAUCAUCGUUACUAUGAUAAUAAAUAUUUGAAAGAUAAUUAUAAUGUCGAUCUUGAAAAAAUAUCUGAUUAUUAUCCAAUUGAUUCUACCAUUAAAGGCAUGCUAGGUAUUUAUGAAACAUUAUUAAAAUUGAAGUUUAUCGAAGAGACAGAUGUAUCAAAAAAGAAUGUUUGGCAUCCAGAUGUUAAACAAUUAGCUGUUUGGAAGAUGGAUGACCCUGAAAAACCUGAAUUUGUUGGUUGGAUCUAUUUUGAUUUACAUCCAAGAGAUGGUAAGUAUGGUCAUGCUGCUAAUUUUGGAAUUUCUUCGUCAUUUGUUGAUGAACAAGGCAAUAGAUCUUACCCAGUAACUGCCUUAGUUUGUAAUUUUUCAAAGUCUACUUUAACAAAACCUUCCCUUUUGAAACAUAACGAAAUAACUACAUUUUUCCACGAGUUAGGCCAUGGUAUCCAUGAUUUAGUUGCUAAGAACAAAUUAUCAAGAUUCAAUGGUCCAGGUGCUACCCCAUGGGAUUUUGUCGAAGCUCCAUCUCAAAUGUUAGAAUUUUGGACUUGGAAUAAACAAGAAUUACUAUCUUUAUCUUCCCACUAUGAAACAGGUGAAAAGAUUCCUGAAGAAUUAUUAAAUUCAUUAAUUAGAACCAAACAUGUUAAUGGUGCUUUAUUUGCAUUAAGACAAUUACAUUUUGGUUUAUUUGAUAUGAAGGUCCAUACCAAUAAGGAUUUAAGUAAUUUACAAUUAGAAAAAUUAUGGAAUGAAUCAAGAGAAGAAAUAUGUUUUGUUGAGACAGGCAGUGAAUAUACAAAGGGUUAUGAUUCCUUUGGUCAUAUUAUGUCAGACUCUUAUUCUGCUGGUUAUUAUGGUUACAUGUGGGCAGAGGUCUUUGCCACUGAUAUGUAUUAUACUAAAUUUUUACCAAAUCCAUUAGAUAGUACUGUUGGUGUUCAAUACAGAGAUAUUGUUUUAGCUAAUGGUGGUUUAUAUGAAAUCAAUGAUAAAUUGACCGAAUUUUUAGGUAGACCUCCAAAGAAGGAUGCAUUCUUAAAGGAAUUAGGUAUUGGUAAAUAG